AUGGCAAGAGCAAUUGUAAUGAUAUUACUCAUGGCCAUCGUGCUUGUUACCACUACGCCGAUGACACACGCCAUGGACAUCAAAGAUAGGGACUUGGCGUCUGAGGAGUCCCUAUGGGCACUAUAUGAGCGCUGGUGCAAGCAUCACAAUGUGAGAGACGACCUCGGUGACAAAGCCCGGCGCUUCAAAGUGUUCAAGAAGAACGCUCGCAUGAUCCAUGAAUUCAACCAAGGUGACGCACCCUACAAGCUGAGCCUCAACCUCUUCGGCGACAUGACCGAUGAAGAGGUCGACCACAUGUAUGGUCGCUGCUCCAACAUUAGGCCGGACGGCGGGAAGCGGAGCCAAGACCAGUUCACACACGGAGUUGUUGUCGCGUGUGACAACUUACCAAUGUAUGUGGACUGGCGCAUGACAGGCUACGACCAACGUCCGUCGGCUGUGACGAGUGUGAAGAGACAAGGAGGGUGUGGGUCUUGCUGGGCUUUUGCGGCGGCAGCAGCAGUGGAGGGCAUCAACUCCAUCAGGAUGAGGAACCUGGUGUCAUUGUCUGCGCAACAACUCGUAGACUGCGACAAGGGAAGUACUGGUUGUGUUGGCGGCGGCGCACUAGUGGCCUUAAAAUACAUUUAUAACCACGGGGGCAUCACCACAGAGGCUAGCUACCCAUACGUUGCCUAUAAGCAUAGCUACUGCUUGGUGUCGAAACGUAACCCUGUCGUCACCAUCGAUGGCAUCAAAGAGGUGCCGCAAAAGGAUGAGGUGGCAUUGAUGCAGGCGGUGGCAGACCAACCCGUUGUUGUGGUGGUUGACCCGAACGCCUUCAGGCGCUAUGGAGGAGGCGUCUUUGUGGGUCCAUGUGGUACGGAUCGGACCCACUCAAUGUUGGUGGUGGGCUACGGCACCACCGAUGACCAUGACCCCAAGAGACGCAUAGAUUACUGGAUCAUAAAGAACUCAUGGGGGUUAAAAUGGGGUGAAAAUGGCUACAUCCGUAUGGCACGUGGAGCUGGUCCUACCAAGGAGGGCUUGUGUGGCAUACUGAUGGAAGCGUUUUACCCAGUGAAAAAUUAG